GGCCCGAGAGAAAGGACGAGCGAGUUGCAAAGCAUCAAUCCCCCUCUGUGAAUGUGGGAAAUGGUGCGUCCCUGGUGCUGAGUGAGUGACGGGGUGAGUGAGGUGUACGGGGGAAGGCUUUACUGAAUUUCACUUCUGUAUCCUGAGCAUCAUUUUCUUCUCAAGCAUCUCUCGGCUCCACUUAGCAUCCUUGUCGCGGACCUCUGUCCUUUCGGAUCCCUAAGACUCUCGUAUCUUGUUGCUUGCAGCCGUGCGAUCUAACCGCCAGACGUGUGACCUACUGCAACAGCAUCCCACUGCUCUGUGCUACUCCCUCAAAGCCAAGAACUGCAUCAAGAGAAGGUGUUCAGGUGGAGAAAGUUCAAAAGUCAACAGAUAUUAAGAACUCUAAAUGCUUAUCCUGCUUUUGGACUAAGACAAAAACGAGAGUUUUGGUUCAUUGCUAUUAAGUCUGAAAGAAAGAAGUAACAGGAAUCCAUUCAGUCAUGGAUGAUGCUUAUAGAGACAGAACGGCUUUCAUUCGCAGUGCCAAGGACAUUGCCAAAGAGGUAAAGCGUCAUGCAGCCAAAAAAGUAGGUCGGGGACUAGACAAGGUGCAAGAUGAGUACACCAAGAAGUCAUACUCACGCUUUGAAGAGGAUGAUGAUGAUGACUACCCACAACCUCAGGAUGGUUACUACCGCAGUGACACUCAAAAUGAGGAUGAAGGUGCCUCCAGUGAUGCCACUGAGGGUCAUGAUGAAGAUGAUGAGAUUUAUGAAGGGGAAUAUCAGGGGAUCCCCCAUGCUGACUCCUCCAAAGGGGAUGGCAUGAGUGGUGUGAAGGGAAGCCAACCUGUAACUACAGAGUUCCGGGAUUUCUCCGACCUUGCAGGCGAGCGUCGAAAAGACCGGGAGGAGCUAGCACAGCAGUAUGAGACCAUCUUGCAAGAGUGUGGCCAUGGUCGCUUCCAGUGGACCCUGUACUUUGUUUUGGGAUUGGCCCUAAUGGCAGAUGGUGUGGAAAUCUUUGUAGUUGGCUUUGUGCUUCCCAGUGCUGAGAAGGACAUGUGCCUGUCAGAUUCCAACAAGGGCAUGUUAGGUUUGAUUGUUUACCUUGGCAUGAUGGUGGGUGCCUUUCUGUGGGGUGGACUGGCAGACCGGAUUGGCAGGAGACAAUGUCUGCUCAUCUCUCUCUCCAUCAACAGUGUCUUUGCAUUCUUCUCGUCUUUUGUGCAAGGCUACAGCACCUUCCUUUUCUGCCGACUUUUGUCUGGAGUCGGCAUUGGAGGUUCCAUUCCUAUUGUUUUCUCAUACUUUUCCGAGUUCCUUGCUCAAGAAAAGAGAGGGGAACAUCUUAGCUGGCUGUGCAUGUUCUGGAUGAUAGGAGGAAUCUAUGCUUCAGCUAUGGCCUGGGCCAUCAUCCCACACUAUGGCUGGAGCUUUGCAAUGGGGUCAGCAUACCAGUUCCACAGUUGGCGGGUAUUUGUAUUGGUCUGCGCCUUCCCUUCGGUGUUUGCCAUUGCAGCUCUCACCUCCAUGCCUGAGAGCCCUCGAUUCUUCCUGGAGAAUGGAAAGCAUGAUGAAGGAUGGAUGGUCCUCAAGCAGGUUCAUGAUACUAACAUGAGAGCUAAGGGUCACCCAGAGAGAGUGUUCUCUGUUACAAAUAUCAAGACAGUGAAGCAAAUGGAUGAGUUGGUUGAAAUGCCAACCAACACAGGCGCCUGGCCCCGACGAUGGAAAAUCAGGCUCACGUCUCUUUUUCACCAGGUGCGGGCCAACUUCUUGGAGUGCUUUUCCCCAGAAUGCAGAAGAACAACUCUUAUGAUGAUGGCAGUGUGGUUUACAAUGUCUUUCAGCUACUACGGUCUGACGGUGUGGUUUCCUGACAUGAUUAAGUACAUGCAGAGACAGGAAUAUGCUCUCCGGACUAAAGUAUUCACCAAAGAGAAACUGGAACACUUCACCUUCAACUUCACUUUGGAGAAUCAGAUUCACCGCAAUGGAGAAUAUUUUAAUGACAAGUUCUUGAAUCUCAAGAUGAAGUCUGUGAUAUUUGAAGACUCCCUUUUUGAGGAGUGCUACUUUGAAGACAUCACUUCCACAAAUACCUUCUUUAAGAACUGCACUUUCAUUUCCACGCACUUCUACAAUACUGAUCUGUUCCAGUACCGGUUUGUCAACAGCAAGCUAAUCAACAGUACCUUCCUGCACAACAAAGAAGGCUGCAUGCUGGAUUUUGGUGAUGACAACAACGCUUACAUGAUUUACUUUGUCAGCUUCUUGGGCACCCUUGCUGUGUUACCAGGCAACAUUGUCUCUGCUUUGCUUAUGGACAAGAUCGGCCGUCUUAGGAUGUUAGCGGGUUCUAGUGUAAUGUCCUGCAUAAGUUGUUUCUUCCUGUCUUUUGGAAGCAAUGAGUCAGCCAUGAUUGCACUGCUCUGUCUUUUUGGUGGUGUCAGCAUUGCCUCCUGGAAUGCCCUGGAUGUGCUAACCGUCGAGCUCUACCCUUCUGAUAAAAGGUGCACAGCUUUUGGCUUCCUGAACGCACUUUGCAAGCUAGCAGCAGUGUUGGGCAUCAGCAUUUUCACUUCUUUCGUGGGCAUCACCAAGGCUGUGCCCAUCUUGUUUGCCUCUGGCGCUUUAGCUGUGGGCAGUUUUCUGGCUCUCAAGCUGCCAGAGACCCGUGGGCAGGUGUUACAGUAGGCCACUGAUCCAGCACGAUGGAGGGGUUUGGUGGGGAGGUGUGCAGUAGGUCAGCAGGAAGGGAUCGGAGAGGGAUGAAGCAUUGACACUGUGAAACCUUCCCGGGUCUCUUGUUCAACAACUUUCAUUUUUGAUGGAACUUUGUUGUAGCCAUGUUCUUUCCCAGCAAGACUAACCAUUUCCGGAGUUUUACGUCAGUGAAAUAGCUCCAAAUAACAUUUAAUCUACUUUGUUUUCUGACAGUCUGGCUGUUUGCAUUUACAAAGUAUAUGUCUAGGAAAGUCUCAUUUAUUUAUUAACAUGGUUUGAUUACUUAUUUUUGUUCACCUGACAAAAUAACUCUAUUAGCUAGGAAAUUUCAUAUCAAAAUGAAGGUAAUGUUAAAAACACAACCCUCCCCGUGUGAUAGAGAAAUGAUAUUACGGACAACCUCUUUUUCCCUUGGUAUCUUUUUCUCCUUGUUUAAUGACUUUGAAGGAUAAUUAAAUUUGCUAAUUUGCUGUUUUGAUUGCAUCUAAUAGUCCUUCCAUGCCAUUAAGAAAGAAAAGACAACUGCUUAUCCUUGAGUGUUCCUCUAGUAAACUGGCGGCUGCCUUUCUCAGUCUGAUAGCCACAGUGAUGUGCUUCUAAGAGCAACUCUGUCUCCACAGUCUCAGGUGCCAGGCCUCUAAUAGAAGAUCUCCUCUCAGGCAGCAAGUGUUACAACUCUUGAGUCUGCACACAGCAUGAGCCACUUAACAAGAGUUUAAAACAGCAGAUAAUAAGCACAGCCUGUCCUUCUGAGAUUAAUGGCUCAUGAAGAAACAGCAAGACAAGGUCUAACGUUUUAAAAUGAUAUUUGGAGCUAUCUACCAUUUGCCCCACCAUGUACCAGGUCUUGUAUGUGGGUGAUUUGUCUUGAAAUCAUGUUUCACUCGGGCAAAUUUUUCACCACUUUAGAGUCAAGAUGUACAGUGAACUCUAGUGUUUCUGUUAACAGCUACAGGUUUACCUGUUCAUUCUAAUGAACGUUCAUGUUGUUAUAAAAUCUCUAUAUAUUUAUUUGGUUGGUUUUGCACUUUUUGAAAAUUCUGUCAGGGUUCAUGUCUUGUCUGCCUCUGAACGUGUUUAUUUAAAAAUGUUUGUAUGUGUAAAUGAUAAUUCUAAAUGGAUGAGUCCUGUGUCAUAAAGCACAGAAAUACGCUGGCAUUCUUUUAAACGUACUUAUUUUAUAGUCCCAAAAAAGCACAACACGUUUUAAUCUGAAAACAUGUUUUCAGUUUCCGAAGUCGACAAUAACAGCCACACAGCUGAACAAGCACUCUUGUUCUGUUUUCAUUAAUCCUGAUUGUUUUAUAACACGGCAUUUAUUCACCACCAUGGGAUACAGGAAAUGUUAAGCCAUUCAACUGUUCAGAUAGCCAUUAUCAGCAAAGCAGAACAUCCAUUCUACUACGGCCAAUGACUAAGAGUUGAGUUUGACUCCAUUUAUGAUUCCCUGCUUCCCAUCUGCCCUUCCUUGCCCCCAUAUCUGCUGGACUCAAUUAAAUCUAUAUUAGGAAUAAAGGGAAAACCUAAAAAGUGUUAUUAAAACCAGGGCUUUUUACUGAUGAACUGAAAAUGCGUGCGAGUAAAUAAAAAAAGAAGGUGACAGAAAAAGAACUUGACAUUUUUGGCCACUUUUCCAUAAAGGUGUUCACUGUCCGAGCACCCUGACCCAUCUGUUCUUAUUCAGGAGUAAUCCUGCAGCAUUGUGAUGCUGAGAAUUCAAGGGGUACUCCUUCUAAAAAUGUGAAGUUUGCCUUUUGUAUCUUAUUGUGUUUUAUUUCCUCACAUCUAAUUUAUAUGUAAUUACUCUAAAAAAUUACACUAUCAUCAUGUGACUAACUUAAAAUUAUUAGUAAACUCAGCUUACUGCAUGGUACAGUAGAACUGAUAGCCCAUAACAUUUAAACUUUAUAAAUAAAUGUGUAGACUAAUAUCAUACACACAUACAGUACAUUUUGUUUUUUUAAUGUAGUUUUGGAAUCUGUCUAAAAUAUAUAUUUUAUUGACAUAAUAUAUUUUUUUCAUAUUUUUCCAAUUAAAAACAUUUUAAAAAUCCUUUUCUGUAAUUGUAAUAGUUCAGUCAUGCUGUAUAUGUUCCAAAGGCGUUUGUAGAUCUAGACUAAAAAAUUAAAAUGUAAUUGCUACAACUGGAAUAAUUAAAAACACUAAAAAUAGGUAAUAUUUAAUCUCUGACAAGAAUAACAGAAACUAAGACAAAUGGUUGUAAAAAAAAAAAUGAAAUAAAUAAACUAUAGGCAAUCACACUUUUUAAAUUCACAAUUGUCACUGUAUCGCUUCAAGGGUUAGCACACAAGGUGUUCAAAUCUGCUGUCUCUUUCUCUCUCUCUCAAGUUUAAAAUAUCAAGACGGCAGUCACUCCAGCUACAAGUCAUGCUGAGCUACACCGUUGUCCUCUUAACGUACAUCUCACAUACAGCGUCCAACUAGCAAAGUGCGCUUUUCCGUUUUGUCCAUAGUGCAUUGUGUUGCGCCUAGAGCCCGCUGCUUUUCCCGUUUUGAACUGGCCUCAUGAUGCAGGAUGAAAGUGGUGGUUCAACACGCAAGAGGCCUGGCCGUCUGAGACUGCUACCCUGCCGAUUCAUUCAGAUGCCAUUUGGCCAGCAGGUGAGCUGUAGGGAUUACAGAGCAAUAAGUUCUUUUCUUUUAUGUUCUACUGUCUUAUGUGUUUUCAGCCAGCCAGCUCAGAUCACCGUUUCUUCUUGUCGGCAAAUCAUAUUGUGAAAUGUCUACUGCUGGAUGCUUUAGAAAAAAAAUGAUGUUUACAGCUCUAGAACUGCACAAAGCUGUAUGUAUUCCAUCUUGUUCUCCCACUGUUUUUUUUUUUUCAAAACUCUGACAUUUUCUUAUCAAUUUUAUUGUGUUAAGUUUAAUUAUUGAUUAGAAAUUUAUUUUGAUGUGUGUUUCAGCCAGAACUGUAAAUAGAGCAGUGCAGAUGUUUUAAACUGAUGUGUGUGGAAAUAGAUUAUUUGGCGCACGCGAAAGACAUGCACCUCAUCUGCAACUAUAACAACACAAGACAACGUAAGCCAUUCAACGUUGGUAUGAGCACACUGACACAGACAAAGAUACGUGGAUCGUUGAGUUUGUGGAUUCACAUUAUUGUACAUAAAGAGCGUGCCACACAAACAACUCAUCUUGCCUUUCUUAAGAAACACAACUUCUAAGGACAAGAUGCAAAUUACGUGACAACUUUAUAGUUAGCUUGAUUCACUGGGCUCUACUGAAUUGUGUCUGCAAGACACAUCUUCCAGUAAAGAGCUUUUAGAUGAAAGAUUCUCAAUUCAAUAAAAAGUAAAAAUGCCAAAACAUAUAUCUACUAGCAAAAACAUUAUAUAGGAUAACAGUUUGGGAGUCUUCAUUUGUCUAAGCAAAACAUUUGACUCCUUAUUUACACAAGUAAUGAUGCUAACCUGAUUUUAACCAGAGUUUGUCCUGGCAGCAUUAGCUACAAGGCUGGAACCGACCCAUGAUGUGACACCAAGCCCCACUCACUCUCACACACACACACACACACACAUGCAUCAGGUCAAUUCAUUAACCAUUCAAGCAAAGCAUUGAGAUGUGAGGGGAAUCUGGAGAAAUCUUCUAGGAGUGUUACCAGGUUUUGUUUAAUGUGCACCAUUCCAGUGCACUUGACGUGUUCAUUCCAUCUUAAGUGACUAAUAAAGUCCAUGUCCUAUUUAUUACAAAACCUUUGGGUGCACCAGGAUGGUGGUGAAGGGAAUGAGGCCAAGAGGGAGGCCAAAGAAGACAUGGCUGGCGUUCAUUUCAGAUGAUAUGAAAUAAUGGGUCACACCUUAAUGGAUGCCCAGGAUUGUGGAGAGUGGGGUAAACUGAUAAACAGGAAAAUGACUGUUAAACUUCAGAAGAUGACACCACUACAUAUUAGGCUGACACAUUAAGCUGAACCAAUAUUUGAGAUCAGACCUUAAAAGUCUCUAGAUUACAAACUGUUGAUAUUCUGUGAAAAAAUAAAAGAUCAAUUUGAUUCCAGUCCUGGCAAAUACAAGCCAUGUACAUGUUCAACAACCAGUUAGUCCUGUCCUCUUAACCUUGGUUACCUUUUCAAGUAAAUGACUAAAAUUAUGCAACCUUUCAAAUGUAUUAUGAUGUGGUCUCACUUACCUUUAUUCUUGAAAUAAAGAAAUAGAUUUACAGGAUCAUUAUAGUCAAGGUGGCACAAUACAGUCAAAUUUUUUCUUGCAAUGAACAUGCAGCACUCUCUGGUGCCAGAAUUAGUGACUAUAAAUAACUUAAUGAUUCCAGUUUAUUUAGUGAGCACACUUACUGUACAUCAGUAUUUAACAAAAUGAAGUGCACACAUACACCUUACAUGGGAGACGUGGUGGCACAGUUCUCUCCGAUCCUUUGGCCGAUUGCUAACUAUGAGGAGUAUUCAUUUUCUCUUUACGUCCUCGUGGGCUUUUCUCCGGGUACUCAUGUUCUGCCACCACAUCCCAAAAAUGUGUGUGUAUGCGCACGUGUGUUUGUGUGUGUAUGUUGACUAAUAGCCAAUUGAGGUUUAGCCCCAUGUGAGUGGACCCCUGUGAUGGACUGCAACUCUAUCAAGGGCUGGUUCCUGCCUUGUUCCCAGUGUUGCAUGCAGCCCUGAAUAGGACAAAGCAAUCUUCAGACUGCCAUACUCUUUAAUAAUUACAAAUAUAUAUCAAAUAUCAGGUUACUAAGUUAAACAAACUAGUAUCGAAUUGCUUCCAGUAAAGUAAGCUACCAAAUUAAACAAAUAUAUUAUGACCUCUUCUUACCACAAUCUGAAAGCGACACUAGGCUACAGCGUAACAUCAAGGAUGACCUCUUUAACAACUCCAUUAAAGCUUGGGAAGGAAGUCAAGGAGCAAAGUCUCCAUUCUCAAAUGUUUCUUAGUUCACAUAGUUAAGACAGGCACCAUUACACUGAAGGCCAUCCUUUCUCAAGCUCCAGGUGAACCAGGCCAGUGUCUUCAGUGCAACUGUCUUGCAGCCCCGUUUUGAGGUAUAAUAGUCAGUGAACUGGCCCUAUCUGCAAUAGCAUUUUGCUGUUGCCAUAAUUAAUCCCACUUGGGUACAUACUUUAAUACACUCAUGAUACAUCCUGUUUAUAAGCCCCUCUACUAAUUAUGUUUAUUUUUUUCUACAAAAAUAAGGAUGGCAACAUGCAAAUCAGGCAACAUCAACUUUAGUGGUUCAUUUCUCUAGGAAAGUGGACGUGCCCUCUAAAGAGCAGGCUCAGAGGCUGCGGUUGAGGAGUGUUAAGUGUAGUGUUUCUUUAUUGGCUUAACUCGCUAUGAUUAAAUGCUUUAAUCUCACCAGCCUCUAUUUGGUGACACCUGGGGUUCAUCUUCUUUGCCCAUUGUUUCACUGAACAACAGUAAACCGAUCCAUGUCACUAUAGCUCAGCCACACAUUUCUUAAGAGAGCCCCUCCAUUAAUCAGCAACCUUACACUCUUCCUGCAGGCCAUUCAACGUGGCCUCUCAUUGCUCUCGCGUGCCGCCAUUUAAGCUUUCUAUAGGUGUCAUGGAUGAAAACUUUUGUCACAGCUGAUUCAGUGACAAUCAGUAUGUGUGCUGUGUAUGACGUCACUUGUUGUUAAUUGCCAAAUAUUUUUCUACUUUCUGCGUUAUUUUAUUCUCCAGUAAAUGAAACAAAAAAGAAAAAAAAGAAAAAAAAUGCAAUAGUUGUAGACAACGUGUGAUGUUUCUUUUUUUUUUUUUUUUUUUUUUUUGAGAAGGUAGAGAUGGCUAGGGGCAUUCUUUUCAGAAAAGCUUGACACCUGGGCUACUUUAACUAUUAUAUUUUUUGUCAAGGGUCCUACUGUAUGUCAGAAGUACCUUGAUCAUGAGAAUAAGUAGUGACAAAUUAAUGUUCUGUUAUACAGAAACAAGGAGUUAUGCAAAAUGACAUUUCACUUGAUUUGAAAAUUGCAAUUGUAAAGAUUGCUACUUUCUGGAAACAGUUUGUGGUGUACAAAUCUAGGGUCACUUCCCUUUUCUAUACUUAUAUGCUAUUUCCAUUUGACUUAAAUAGCUGUUUAAACAGAAUUUGACUAGCGUAUAAAAAAAUAAAAAAAAAUAAAUAAAAAAAGGAGAUAGCACUAAAAUCACAUGCUUAAAUACAAUACAGACAAGGGCAUAUUUAAGUUUCCUUUACCACCGCAUGCUAUUCUUUCUGGAAACUUGAUGGCUUUUUCUUAUAUUGUGAAGCAUCCUUCAUUACAUUCCUGUCAUGUGCGACACAAGUGUCUGUGCUUGCAUUGCACAAAUCUCAGGGAGUGUGGUGCCCUGUGAGGUCCUUCAGCCUCAUUCUGGGCUUCCCAUCCUAACUGCCAUUUUAGCCAGAGAUCCACUUACCCACCUUUUACUAAAAGCUGAUGUUAAAUCAUGUAAAAAUACACUUCUAGGGUCAGGUGCACCUACAAUGAAAGCAGUUUUAGACUACAGUUGAAUAAAUCUUUCAAUAUUAAAUUCCAAAAGCAACAAUAGAUUAAGAAGCACAGUUCUUUUUCAUGGAAAUUCCUAAAUCUAUCUGUACAUUCCACAGCCCUUGUGCAGUAGUGUUGUUUAAAUAGACAAAGCACAAAUGGCAACCAGCUGAAAUAGAGUCAAGAAAAGCACAUCCUCAAAAAAUAUCAACACUGAAGAUUUAGAACAAUUAAUGUGAUAAGCACAGGACAAAGCUGUGAGUACCAUUUAGGGAAAAUGUAUCUGGAAUCUCCUAAACAACAGCUAGACUGACCGACCACUCCUAGUACAGGAGCUUUAGUAAAUGCAGUAAGGGUUCAACAAAUACUCCAAUGCAAUGGUAAUACUUUCUGAAGAAAUCCACAAUCGGUCAAUCCUGAUACGCAUUACAUAUAGAUAUAAACCAUAUAUAUAAAAUAUUAAAAAAGGAAAUGUUUAUUAC